AAUAAACGAUAAGAGAGAGAGAGAGAGAGAUUGUCGUCAUGUUGUGUUAGUUACACACUGCUGUUUCACACCAUCCACACUGUUUUUGAUGGAUAUUACUUUCCACUUUAUAAUCAAAUAAAAAAAGGCGUACGGGUGUUUUCCUCCCUUUCAUCUUUUAAGAGAAGAACACCUUUUUUCUACUGUGGAAGGGUGUGGGGUACGUGAUUAGUAAUUUUACUUUAGAUUCUUGAUUUUUGAUUUCGAAGACAGGGGAAUAGCCAUUGUUGAAAAAGGCACUUUUCUUCUUCACCUUUGUCACCUUUGUGUUUUCUUUUCUUAUUAUAUACUUGGUGGGUUAAGUAACUAGUAAGAGUUGAGUCACUCAGCACUGGUUCUUGCCGCUGCUCGCAUUAUUGAGUUGAGUACUGUUUAUGCUUCUCUGUGAUAUUUUGGAUCUGGGUUCUUCUUCUACUUUCUCACUUAUCUUUGGUUGCAGUUUUUCUUUCUGUUUAAAGAGAAAGAAGGAAAGAAAGGAGUGAUGGCUGGAGGAGGAAAGGCUGAGGAGCCACAACCACAUCCACCAAGGGAGCAGCUUCCUAACGUUUCUUAUUGCAUUACUAGUCCACCACCGUGGCCGGAAGCUAUCCUACUUGGUUUCCAACAUUACCUUGUGAUGCUUGGAACUACUGUUCUCAUUCCUUCUGCUCUCGUUCCUCAAAUGGGAGGUGGAAAUAAAGAGAAGGCCGAUGUGAUCCAGACACUUCUCUUUGUUGCUGGUUUGAACACAUUGCUCCAGAGUUUGUUUGGCACUCGUUUGCCUGCUGUUAUUGGAGGCUCUUACACCUUUGUCCCAACUACAAUUUCAAUUAUCCUUUCUGGUCGAUUUAGUGAUGAAGUAGAUCCUGUUGAGAAGUUUAAGAGGAUUAUGCGUGCAAUACAAGGUGCUCUCAUUGUAGCUUCUACUCUUCAGAUAGUUCUAGGUUUCAGUGGACUUUGGCGUAAUGUCACGAGGUUUUUGAGUCCACUUUCAGCUGUUCCUUUGGUAGCUCUCGUUGGUUUUGGGCUGUAUGAGCUUGGUUUUCCUGGCGUUGCCAAAUGCGUGGAGAUUGGCUUGCCAGAGCUUGUCAUCUUAGUAUUUGUUUCACAGUACAUGCCUCAUGCGAUAAAGUUAGGAAGACAUGUCUUUGAUCGUUUUGCUGUCAUAUUCGCUGUGGUGAUUGUAUGGAUUUAUGCUCAUCUGCUCACAGUGGGUGGUGCUUAUAAUGAUGCAGCGCCAAGGACACAAGCAAUUUGCCGUACUGAUCGUGCUGGACUUAUAGAUGCUGCCCCAUGGAUAAGAAUUCCCUACCCCUUUCAAUGGGGAGCACCUUCAUUUGAUGCUGGUGAAGCUUUUGCCAUGAUGAUGGCUUCCUUUGUUGCUCUUGUAGAGUCCACUGGUGCAUUUAUUGCUGUGUCAAGGUAUUCAAGUGCAACUCAUAUGCCACCUUCCGUUCUUAGCCGUGGUAUUGGCUGGCAGGGAAUUGCUAUUUUGCUUUCUGGGCUGUUUGGAACUGCAAACGGAUCUUCAGUAUCUGUAGAGAAUGCUGGUCUCUUGGCCUUAACACGAGUUGGCAGCCGAAGGGUUGUCCAGAUAUCUGCAGGAUUCAUGAUUUUCUUCUCCAUUCUUGGAAAAUUUGGGGCAAUCUUUGCUUCAAUUCCAGGACCCAUUUUUGCAAGUUUAUAUUGCCUUUUCUUUGCGUACGUGGGUGCUGCUGGUCUUAGCUUUCUUCAGUUCUGUAAUCUCAACAGCUUCCGAACAAAGUUCAUAUUAGGCUUUUCUAUUUUCAUGGGAUUAUCCGUGCCACAGUACUUUAAUGAGUACACUGCAAUUAAGGGCUAUGGUCCCGUUCACACUGGUGGAAGAUGGUUCAACGAUAUUGUAAACGUUCCUUUCUCAUCAGAAGCAUUUGUUGCGGGCUUCUUGGCUUAUUUCCUGGACACCACACUACAUAGAAAAGAUAGUUCAAUCAGGAAAGACAGGGGUAAGCACUGGUGGGACAAAUUCCGAUCAUUCAAGGGUGAUACAAGGAGUGAAGAGUUCUAUUCCCUGCCCUUUAAUCUAAACAAAUAUUUCCCAUCUGUGUAAUUUAAUCAGCAAUAGUUAUGAUCUGUUCUUAAUCCAGUAUAUUAGUUCUCGAUAGCUUCUUGUGGGAUAAAAAAUGGCAAUGCUCAAUGCGCCCUCGUGAAUGUUAUGGCACGCUAUAUAGCUGUAUAAGAUAGUCUCUCAUUUCAUAGAAUGACUUGAAAACAUUCAAUUGAAUUUGUUUUCCUUGGAAAAAUCCGACCGUUGACGAGGACUUGAAGCAGCAAUGAAGCAGUUUUGUUGCCUUAAGUUCCCUUU